CAUCAGACGAAAUAAAACAAUCGACACCAUGAGUAGUUUCAUACCUUAAUUACCUAAAUAUAAGAAAUCCUUAGUAUAAUGAAGUGGGGCUAUUACCAAUAACCCGUGCUUAAAUUUAGUAUCUUCAACAUCAAGUACCAAGCAGAUACGGCGACAAACGAAAAGAUGCUAGUAACAUAAGGCUCGGGCUUCGCGUACAUAUGAGGAAAUAUGGACACACCGGAUGUCUCAAAACUACGGGUACAGGAUGACGAUGGAGUCGGAUCAGAAGCUACUACAGCUCCGUCUGUAGAGAAGAUACAACAACUUCUCAAAACCAAGGACGAUACUUCCAGAUUUGUUGGCUUAGCCCUUCUAAAAUCCGUCUUGGACAAUUCCCCGGAACUACAGAAAGAAAAGGGCGUCAUUGUUUCAUUAUGGAAUUCCAUAUCGCCCAAAUUCUUGGACCGAUUGUUACGGACUGGCUCUCAGUCUGGUUCGGAUCAGAAGAACUCUAGGGAUAUGCUAGACUUAGCUGUCGCCGUUGUUCAUACGUUUGCUGUUUUGUUACCCGACGACGCGAAGCAAGAUACCAAACUUUUAGGUCGAAUACCUAGAUUAGCCAAGGCAGUCCUCCAUAGCUCCAAAGAGACCACAGGGGUCAUAAUAGAAACAUUACUCACUCUUGUCUCUAUCCCCGAUGGUGCCAAGAGUUUCGCCAAUCUCGAUGCCGAAGAUUGGACAUCAUCAAUAGAAAUUGCUCCAGAGCACCCACAUGUACUCACGAUAUUUAUCUGGGCCUGGGAAAGAGGGACUGCUGGUCUUGAGGAUGAACGGUCAAGGGAAGCAAUGAGAACCAAGAUUGAUAGUGGUAUUCAGUCUUUCGUCUCUUCCUUCAUCGGUACCGACGCAACAAGUCUCCUAGAAUUCAUAUCCCAUAUCCUACGAAAUCUGAAUGAGAGCUUAAUACCUCAAAGUCCUAAGUGGCUUGGUUCGGUCGCUAAGCUUGUACGGAACUUAUCCACUAAUAGGCCUACCGCGGCCAGUCGCUCCGCGUAUACAAAUUGCGCAGCUGCUCUACUAGUCACAUAUCCACAAUCAACACCACAAGUACUAUUCCUCGAUAAGAAGGACGCACCAAAACCAUUCUCAUACCUUUUUAUCAACCUUAUCCUGAUAGAGCUACGCGCAACCUUGCCCUCUCUCUUGGAGAAACUUAACGAUCUAGACUAUCCACGGACCUCACAACGUCUCGCCUCCGCUCUAGAAAUUCUGACCGCUUUUAUCGGCCAGCUCAUUGUCUGGACAGAAGAGCUAGACAACCCCAAACCAGGCACAGACCCGACGAAUCUUUGGCUGAAAAUACCUCCCGAGCUUGUCCUAAAACUUAGCAGGUCGAUCGUCGAGACCCUAUCCGUGGUAAUGGAAUACCUCCGGGACCGCUGGGACGCCUCGGUAGCCGGAGCUCAGGGGCUACAUCCGGAAGCACGUACCAGUAAUGCGCAUACCGACUUUGGCUCCCGUAAGACACUUGCCUGGGACUCGAAAGACGAGAGCGCUGCCACGGAUGCUUUCAUAUUAUCUGCUAUCCGCGCGAUCGCGAUCUGGCUUCGAGAUGACGACGGCGACGUGCUGAGGAAAGAAGGCGCGGGGUUGAUGGACAUGUUCAUGGAACUAUACCAGAGUAGUUCAACUUCGUCUCAACUUAACGGGCUUGAUUACAGACUCCCUAUUCUCGCAGCGGUCGAGGGCGUGCUCCAGACGUCGAAGGGUAUUGAAGCAUUUAACUCACACAAUGGUUGGAGGAUUCUAGCCGAUGAUAUGCUUAGGAUUUUGAAUGAGAGCGCGACGCCUAAUGCAUUACUGCGAGAAACAGAUCUUACUCGCCGUACCUGGAUUACUCCUGUACUGCAGAUAGUAGCCGAGAGCGAAACUAGCACACCUGAGGACUGGAUGAGUGUCGUGACGGCCGUCGCGGCUUAUGAUGUACCCGUCAUCCAAGGCCAACAGCGCCUUCUUGACUUCCUUACGGAUGUCUUACAACUUGCCGCAACGUUAAUAGCGAAUGCGGGUCCGGGGAUGAAACAGAGAUAUGUGCAUUCGAUAAGUGCUAUACGAGGAAUCGCGGAACAAAUAAAGAGUCUGGUAAAAGAAAGGAACGGCACGGCGGUUGAAUUGGACGAUAUCAUAUCGACUUUGGAUAGCUAGCCAGCCAGUUUGCGUAAACUGCAAUAAAAAAUCGAUUGGCUAUCAAAACCCGUUUCACCAUUGUUGACUUAGAAGUACCCGAUUCUCAUCUACUUGCCGUAUCAAUCCUGUUGGCCUAGAACUACGCAGGUAUCGUACUUUUGCAGUUAUGGGCCUUCAUUGGAUCGAAGUCCAGACCCUUACUAACACGACAAUCGUAAAUCACCCCACGCAACGCCAACGAUAUCCUGCACGUACUUCUUGAUACUGCCAAGGGAUAAUGAGGGCUAAUUUGUUCAUUAGUUUUCAGCUCUUAUCUACAUGCCUCAUUCUGCUGACGUGUGAUGGGGGCGCCUUCACAUGCUGGCUGCCCUACGGAUACGGGACUUAACACGGGGAAAUUCCGCGUCUCACCUUCUACCUACCUAGGUGAUUAAUCUAUUACAUAUUACGUUGGUCUUUCCGUACCAAUAUUUUUUCCCAAACGUACAUCUCCGAUGGCCGCCCCUUUAUAUGUAGUUCGCCAUAUUCCCCUCCUGGAUGCUCGGUUCGGUCGUAGGCGGGUAUACGAUCUAUUAGAAGAUGAUAGAUAUCCCUCGAAGCAAUAACGCAAUAUAAU